UCAGCUUCGGAGCGGUAGAGGGAAGAGCUAUGUCCGCUAUGUGUUAGAAAGUUCAUUCAGUCUCACCGCUCCAUGAAGCCGGUACAAAUCUGCAGUUUUAUGACAUUGGUAUUGGGCUCUACAUGUGUCCAUCCAUUUCUUAAUCUUUUAAUAUUAUCCUCCAGUCCAUUGUUUUGGGGGAUUUAUUUUCGAUAAGAAACGGAUCGGUUUCGUGUGCCUGUGGAAAACCGGAGCGAUCGAAAAAAGUUUCGCCCUGUCUCGCGGAAGGAAUGAAUAAAUGUUCAGAGACGAAAAUCCGCGUGAGUUAACGAACACAAUGGAAUGCAAAGAUCUUGACACACAGCCGGCAAUAAAUCAGUUGACACCCUCAGAAACACAUCCCCCUGCUGUUCCAGAGGACAAUCCCAACGAUCCCAGCACAGAGGAAGUCAGCACCCCCUCAAAAACAGUAUCAGGUAUUAAAGCCAGCACACCUAAAAAGGUGGACAUUGAAAGGAAGUCAACAAUGCCAACACAGCCAGACGUCAUUACAAAGUCCCCUGCAACACCCACUCCAAAAUCAAGUGGGAGCCCUCAAUCCAAGAAAGAUGGGAUGAAUUUGGAAGACAGGCUGAAACAGGCAAAAGAGAGGAGGGAAGAGAAGGCCAAAUAUCUUGAACAGCAUAGCCAGACUCUAGCUGCUAAGAAGUCUGAGUGGCUGGAGAAAGAGGAGCGGGCACAGCAGGUGCGGGAACAGCAGCUGGAGGAGCGAAGGAAGAAACUGGAGGAGCAGCGGCUGAAGGCCGAGAGACGCCGUGCAGAGCUGGAGGAGAGACAGAGACAGAAACUGGAGAAGAACAAGGAGCGGUACGAGGCUGCCAUCCAGAGGUCCGCUAAGAAGACGUGGGCUGAGAUUCGUCAACAGAGGUGGUCCUGGGCUGGAGGUUUAAGUGGCAGCUCCAGCCAAAGCCAGAGCAGAUGCUCAAUAUCAGCGGUCAACCUGCCCAAACAUGUGGACUCGGUCAUAAACAAGAGACUCUCCAAGUCCUCUGCCACUCUCUGGAACUCCCCUAGCAGAACCCGGAGCAUGCAGUUGAGUCCAUGGGAGAGCAGCAUUGUUGACAGACUCACGACACCCACUCUGUCCUUCCUGGCUCGUAGUCGUAGUGCUGCCUGCGUGCUGAGCAACGGCAGAGAUGCCCAGUCUCCAUUGUGCCCACGCUCAGCUUCUGCCAGCCCACUCACAGUGAAUGCUCAUCGGCCACAUCACCACUGCUCUGACCGCUGGAGGGUCACCACCAGCACGCCCAAUAUCGCCCAGCGGAGACGAGACUCCACACCUAUGAAAGAUAAGAAAGACAAGGAAAGAGAAAAUGAAAAGGAGAAGAGUGCAAUCACCAAAGGCAAGGUGCUGAAGAAGAGACAGUCCAUGCCAUCAAUGAAAACCAGAACAGAGUCCAGCCCAAGUCCUGUGUCCAAAGUGCGAGCCCCUUCUGUCACUCCAAAAGGCCGUGCAUCCUCCCCCAGUCCCGCAGUGUCUCCCAAACCCCCAUCAGCCCGAGCGAGCCCCAGCACUCCUAAAGCCCGACCCAAGAGGGCCAGAACGCCUGCCCGCGUGGAGGCUCGUACAGCCUCGCCCAUCACCAUGGAAAGAGUUAGAGAGACCCGCAGGCCGGCUACGCCCGAAGAGCCAACGACUUCGUCUCCUGUCCCCUCCAUUGCUGUGUCAUCUUUUCCAGACACGCCCCCAGUUGCAACUGCGCCAAUCCUGUUGGCUUUCACACCCUCUGCCCCUGAGGAGUCCCCUCUUGUCCCUGCCCUCCCACAGGUUACCUCUCCAGCUCCCUCUCCAGUCAAGCCCAUGGCUGGAACCAAUGACCCGGAGGAGGCCUCUCGCAUACUGGCCGAAAAGAGACGACUGGCCCGUGAACAGAGAGAAAGAGAAGAGCAAGAACGGAGAGAACAACAGGAGAGAGAGAGGCUCCAGCAUGAGGUGAGGCUAGCACAGGAGGUUGAGGAGAGGAGGCACAGAGAGGAGGAGGCGCAGCUCAUGGCUGAGCAGGAGAGAUUGAGGGAGAAGGCCCAGCGCCUGCAGGAGGAGGAGGAGGCGCAAGAAAGAGCCAAAAUCGAACAGGAAGAGAACGACCGUCUUCAGAAACAGAAAGAGGUGGCCGAUGCAAAGGCUCGGGAGGAGGCUGAGAGACAACGCCUGGAAAGGGAAAAACAUUUCCAGAAGGAGGAACAAGAGAGGCUGGAGAGAAAGAAGCGUCUGGAGGAGAUUAUGAAGAGAACACGCAAAACAGAUGCAGGAGAAAAGAAAGACACAAAAUCUCCUUCAUCUGAAGUCAAUGGCAAAGAUUCCACAACAGAUUUAGAGAUAAAUAAAGCAUCCGCUGACUACCAGCCAAGCACGCUUAUGAAACAAGAUGGCCAGUUUCAAAGUGGUGUGAAGGAAAGUUUGUCAUUACUUGAGAUGAAUUGUGUACAGUCUACCAAACAUGAGAAUGGCCGGUCAGCCAAAGGGGAGGGUCACUUUGAAGAAAUCAUCCAACUGGCCAAUCACAGCAGUGGGCGGGAGAGGUCAGAGACUGACAUGCCUGAUGAGCCAAUCAUGGCCUUUGAGAGUGGGGAAUCAUUCCUUAAGAAAAUGGGCCCAAUUAAACCUCAGAAUGUGGCAGAAGUCCUCUGAGGUUCUGUACUGUUGGAUAAAGAAUUAAACCUGUGAGUCCCUGGUUGGUGUCUAACUGAAGGACCUGAUUGAAAGAAGCACAGCAUGAACAGACCUGUGCCAAACCCAAAAACUGACUUCUGUUUAGACUGUACAGAGCAACCCCACUAUCAAAGCUUCUCUUAUGGCAAAUAAUGGAAAUUACAAGGAAGCUACACAAUCGAGCUGAACAAAACAAGUCCCACCAACGUGCAUCAGACUCACCAUUCAACAAGUCUCUACUCAGUAUGACCUCACACUUUGUGGUGGUCCAAUUCAUGCCUUCUAUUCUGACCACCACAAUACAACAAUUAAAAAAAGGCUUGUGACAAACAUUAUUGAUCCUUGUUAUGAUUCAUGCUAUUAUGGGUUGAACGCAAAAGUGCUUUGGAUGUUUUUUUGUUUUAAUGUUUAGUUAUUUAACUCGAAGAGAAUUGUAACUACUGGGUACAGUUAUAUGUGAAUAAUGUAAAUUGGACAAUGGAAGGAGACGAUCUGUGGAAUAAAACAGAAUGAAAAGGGAGUGCUGUGUCUGAACUCCACUGUUUCAAAGACCUCCUCUUUUUAUGUUCGUGAUGAUGAGACGUUUUAAUUUUCAUGUUGCCUCGCAGUGAGAACAUUUCAAUGCCAUAGUGUUGCACCAGAUACAGACACGUAUAUCUUGUGCGAGAUCACUUAAAAGGCAACAGGGACAUUGCACAAAUGUUCGGUGUGUGUUUGAGUGAUUAAAUAGUAAUAUUAAUAUCUAAUUAAUAAUAUGCAAAAGAGACUAAUCAUCAUAAUUCAUGCUAAUGAGACAACUGACCUUAAAUUGAAUUUGAUUAUUACUGCUGCAACUGCAAUUUAAAGUUUAAAGUCUGGCUAUUUAUUCUGUCUUAUACAAAAUAUUUGCUAAUACUGAGUGUAAGUGCAAAAUUUUUUAGUUGUGUGUCAGAGGCAUAAUAGUACUUUUCUGAGUCUAUUAAACUAAAGUUACCAAAUAGAACCUUAUUAUAAUGUGUUUGCAAUUAUUCUAAAGUCUGAUCAAGUAGCAUUUCUCCAUUCACCAAUAAUUUUUCAAAGCUAACAGAAAGUGUGUUGUACAGAAAAGAAAUAUGUAGAAUAUGUAUUUUUAUGAUGGGAGGACAGAAAUUGUUUUUAUUUAAAAAAAUGUAAUUCAGUGUAUGAUUUUUUUUAUGACAUUGGCAAAUUAUUUACUGUACCAAUCUGCAUGAAACUGGAAUGAUCUGUUUUAUAGAUGUAAUGUAAAUCCUUUUGGGAAAACUAACCAGCUCCAAGAUGACUCAGCAUUAUAUUCAUGCUUUUCCAGAAGGCCAGCAAGCCAUGAGUUACAUGCCUAUUCCCGACUUCCUGCCAAGCAUACAUCCCUUUUGACAUUUGUGCACAUCCUCCAGAGCUUUUGCCAUCUGUAUACUGCGGCAUAUACCACUAGGAUGUAUGCCUAUUCUCUUCUGCCUCUCCCCAGAACAUGCUUAACUGCUCACAUCUCACUAAAUGACUUGUAAUAUCAAAUACCGUGGUUACCCUUCUCUUUAUACUCCAAUUUUUAUGUUAAGAAGAGGAUAUUGUUGGCACUCCACCAAAAUGGCUUUCACAGAUGUGACUGCCAUACUUGACUGACUUGACUGAGGUCAAAUUCAAAUUUUCAUUUUUACGUCUUAAAGAGGGAAUCCCUUCAUUCUAUGUACAGUACAAAUUCACAAGUAUAAUACUUAAAUGGAUAGUUCACCCAAAAAUGUACAUUCUGUCAUUUACUCACCCUCAUGUUGUACCAAACCCAUACAGCUCUUUCCUCUGUGGAACACAAAAGCUGUUAAGAAAAUGUCAGCCUCAGACACCAUUCACUCGUUGUAUGGAAUAAAGAUGCAAGGAAAGGGAAAUAAUGCUAUUUUGCAUGUUGAGGUCUGUAAGAUGUAGACAUGAUAUAAGACAGCAUGUGUCAGAGGUUACUAUUUAUUAAAGUGAUCGU